CUGUGACGUUAACCUAAAAAAAGAUUGGUGGAACGAUUGUUCUCUUCAAACAAAUAUAAAGUAGAAGAAUUCAUAUACCCAGAGUUGUCUCUUCAUAUACCCUUUGAUUUGAGAACAGUAUAAGUAAAUACAGAAUAAGUAAAUAAUGUCAGCCAUCAAGACUACUAAAACUGAAAAAAAACAGUCUAUUAAAGAUGUACUCAGGCAAAGAAAAAAGGAACAGAAGAAGAAAUUGAAGGAAAAACGUGCACGAUUAGUAGUGAAAAAUCUACCCUUCAAUACCACUGAAGAAAAUUUAAGAGAACAUUUUGUCAAGUUUGGAGAUGUAUCCGACAUCCAUAUAUUGAAAAAAGAGGAUGGAAAACUCACAGGUUGUGCCUUCAUACAAUUCAAAUUGGUGCAGAAGGCAAGAAAAGCAAAGCACUACACCCACGGACAGACUUUUCUUGGAAGAAAACUAGAAGUUGAUUUUGCAAUGUCAAAGAAGGAAUAUGAAAUAUUAAGAUACAAAAAAAAAGUCAAAGAAGAGAUUGAAGUAAAAUCUGAACCUGUUGAUGAUCAAGAUGAGAAGGAUAUUGAAAAAAUCCAAGUGGCUGAGAAAAGUGAUAUUCUUGAAGAUAGAAGUGAUAUUCAUGAAGAUAGAAGUGAUAGUGAUGAAGAUAGAAGUGAUAGUGAUGAAGAAAAGGAUGAAAGUGAAAAUGAUCAUAUGUCUGAAGAUGAACUAAAUUAUGAUGAAGAAGGCACACAUGAAUCAAAACCUCGGGUGGUUUCAAAUGAUAUUUCUGAAGGCAAGACAGUGUUCAUUAAAAAUAUACCAUUUGAAGCAACCAAUGCAGAUCUUGAAAAAUGCAUGAAUCAAUAUGGCCCAAUUCAUUAUGCUUUGAUAUGUGUGGAUAAAUACACCGAACAUUCAAAAGGAACUGGUUUUGUGAAAUUUUGUUUCAAGGAAGAUGCAGAAAAAGUAUUACAAGCAGGAACAGAAUUGAAACUGUUGGGAAAUAUAUUAGAUUGUCACAAAGCUUUAUGUAAAAACGAAAUUCACUCACAACAAAAUAACAAAUUGAAUAAGAAAAAAGACACUAAAGAUUCAAGAAAUUUAUAUCUUGUAAAAGAAGGAGUUAUUCUAGCUGGCUCACAAUCUGCUGAAGGAGUUUCUCAAGCAGAUAUGUUGAAGAGACUUCAACUGGAAAAAUACAAGUCCCAAAUGUUGAGGAAUCUGAACAUGUUUGUAUCUAGAGAACGAUUAGUUGUCCAUAACUUGCCUCUCACCUGGGAUGAUAAAAAAUUCAGGGAACUGUGCAAAAAGUUUGCUGGGGACAAUGCUAGAAUAAAAGAAGCUAGAGUUAUGAGGAAUAUGAGAGAUUUAGAUACAGAUGGUGUUGGAAAGUCUAAAGGAUUCGGAUUUGUUACUUUGGAUAGUCAUCAAAGUGCUCUCACCUUGUUGAGGAAUUUGAAUAAUAAUCCUAAUAUUUUUUCGGCUGCAAAACGACCAAUAGUCACAUUUUCAAUAGAAAGGAAAACAGCAAUAAAUGCUAAAUUGAAGAGGUUAGAGAGAUCAAGGCAAAAGAAUCCUGUUUCUAAACAGUAUGAUCCAAAACUAGUAGAACAGGAAAGGAAACGGAAAGAGGAAAAUGCCAAGAAUGUACCUAAACUGAAUACUAAUGAAAAUUUGAAAAAUUUUGCUGGUAUUCCAGGCAAACCAGGAGUUCAGAGGAUGAGGAAUAACUUCAAAUUAUCCCAGCAAGCAGCUAAACACUAUGAAUCAGUUAAGAAUGAGAAGAAGAAGAAGAAAAUGGCAAAAAAGACUUUGAAAGAAAAAAAGAAAGAUUUCACAAAAGAAGCAAAACAAAAAAUUAGAAACAAAGAAGAAUCUGAUGAAUUUUCAAAAAUGAUAUCUAGUUAUAAAAAAACUAUAUCAAAUGCACCAAGUUUGAAAACAAAAUGGUACAGUUGAAUAAAGAUUAAACGUGAUGAAUGUUUGAUGUAAAAAAGAGAGGUAUCAUAAAAGAAGCAAAAUUCAAGAACAAGGAAAAAAAAAGAAGAAAAUGUCAAAAAAAGACUUGAAAAGAAGAGGGGUUUCAUGAAAGAAGGAAAAUAAAAAAUAAAUGCAAAGCAGCAUUGAUAUAUUUCCAAACAUGAUAAGAAUGUUUUAAAUAAACAAACAAAUGCACCUAGUUUAAAAAUAUGAUGUUACAGUUAAAUAAAGAUUCUUUCUGUUGUA